UGUGAAAAGUUCAGUUCUGGUAAUUUGACGGAAGAGGAGCUAUCCAUGGGACGAACAGAAGCUAUUUACCUUCGUCGUCACAUACCAGUUUUCCCCAUCUUCGGACAUGCAGUCGCCAUGAUCUCGGAAAGGUCUUGGACUUCCAUAACUGGGUACCAAGUGGCCACCACAAAAUCUUCUAAAGCCGUCGUACACUUUAUCAGCACCGUCCUCUGGCUCGGAAUGGACGACCAGUUACUACAACUAGUCUUCUACGAGGGUACCAGGGCUCAGGGCAUGCUUGCUUCGCCGAUUCUCUUCGGAACUUGUAAGUUGCGCACCAUUCAGCUUGGGCACCAUGCGUCCGCUGCAACCCUACGUGUGGCCCACGGUAGCAAGCAGUCGUCCGGUGCUGUCAAGGACUCGUCCGUAUUCAGCAUGCAAAAACCCUGGAUCCAGCCUCGGUCCCAGACGGCUGGCAAGGAUGAAAAGGCCAUCAAAACAUCGGUUUCGUCCGGUCCAGAGAAGAUUGCAAGCCUACUAAUGGAGGUCAAUAUUGUUAUUUUACAUAUACACUUGCCAUCUCUAAAAGACACUUAG